UAUGGGUGAUGUUGAGAAAGGCAAGAAGAUUUUUGUUCAGAAGUGUGCCCAGUGCCACACGGUAGAAAAGGGAGGCAAGCACAAGACUGGGCCUAAUCUCCAUGGUCUCUUCGUGUGGAAGACAGGUCAGGCCAUUGGAUUCUCUUACACAGACGCCAAGAAGAACAAAGGCAUCACCUGGGGACAGGAUAAACUGAUGGAAUAUUUGGAGAAUCCCAAGAAGUACAUCCCUGGAAGAAAAACGAUCUUUGCUGGCAUUAAGAAGGCAGAAAGGGCAGACUUGAUAACUUAUCUCAAAAAAGUUACUAAUGAGUAAUAGUUGGCCACUGCCUUAUUUAUUACAAAACAAAUGUCUCAUGACUUUUUUAUGUGUUCCAUACUUUAAUAG